UAUUUCCAGGUUUGCACAAGGCCUACGAUUAAGACAAAUCGACAUGAUGACAGAUGACAUUGCUGCAAGCACAACUACACUGUCAAAGAUGGCAAAAAAGCUGCGAGAUGUCUGUGUUGAGGCAAUGGAGAGAAGAAAAAGAAGAAAAGAACAGAGGCUGGGAGGGCAGAACGAGUUUGUGGUUAUUGAUGAAAGCCACUUCAGACACAAAAGAAAGUACGGACGUGGAAGAAUGGCUGGUGGGUGGAAAAGGAAGAAGUGGGUGUUUGGGAUGCUUGGCGUGAAGCAUAGAGGACAGAGGACCAUGCCUGUUCUCCGCCUGGUGGAAAGACAGACCAGACGAGAGCUGGUCCCACUGAUUAUCCACCACGUUCGUACUGGAUCCACAAUAUUAAGUGAUGAGUGGCGGGCUUACCGUCAGGCUCUGCCUGCAUUUGGAUACAGGCAUUACACAGUUAACCACAGUGUGACAUAUGUCAAUGCUGAAACGGGCUGCCACACUCAACACAUUGAGAGGGCCUGGAGGAGCUACAAGGAGACAAUCAGUAGACUCAGAGAGAAUCGCACAGAGGAUCUGCUCAGAGACCAUCUGAUUGUGAUCGAGUGGAAUGAAUGGUUGGGUAAAAAACACCAUAAUGGUCCACUAGGACGCCUGCUCCACGAUAUUGCUAAGCAAUAUAAAUAGAAAUAAAUGUAAAGUUUCUGGAGCUUGUGAUGUUAAUCACUU